GAUUAAUUGACUUCAAUUACUUAGAUUGAGUAUAGUUAUGUGGGGUGCGGUUGUGAUUUUAGCUGUUGUUGCUGCGGCAUCCGCCGAGAGUGUGCUACAGGCAUCUCCUGAGGUGGCACCACUUGAUUCCCGUAUAGUAUCAGGAUGGGACGCCCAAGAGGGUCAGUUCCCGUACAUGCUAUGGUUGCGUACCGUAAGGUGGACUGGUGACAUCACGGCUUGCGGAGGCUCCAUCAUCCAUCGAAGCUGGGGUGUCACUUCUGCUAGAUGUACUGCUCAACGUAUCGAAAUUACGAUCCACGCGGGAAGCGUGUACCGCAGCCGACCACGCGUGGUCGUCCAGGCUAGAGAUACGUUCAGGCCACCAGGUUAUGAAGAUGCUCUGCAGCCCAUCACACAGCCUAACGACAUCAGUCUCAUGAGGUUCAGCGCCGACCUUACUUUUAACGAGCACAUCCAACCAAUCAGGCUGCAGCGUUCAGAAGACAUGGAUCGCGAUUACACCGGGGUGCGGAUGACCACCAGCGGUUGGGGGACCCAGUGGACGUGCAUUGAACUUGGAUGUUAUACUCCUGACAGACUGCAGUGGGUGCACCUGAAUGGAAUAUCCAACUUCAUGUGCCUGUUGAUGCAUAACUCUAACUACCUGGUCAGGCCUACCACCAUCUGUGCUGGACCCUUCAACGUCACCAGCCAGUCUAUAUGCUCUGGUGACAGUGGAGUUCCUCUGACUGUGGUGGAAGAUGAUGGGGUGGCAACACAAGUGGGAGUCGGUUCCUUCGUCUCUGGCUUCGGGUGCCAUGUUGGUAUGCCUGGUGGUUUCACUAGGCCCGGCCACUACCAGGAUUGGAUCCGACAAGUGACUGGCAUCAACUUUGACCAGCGCAUCGUACCAACUGAGGACGCUGUAGAUCCUUCAGAAAAUUUAAAGCAAAACGAUUUUAAGCCGCAAGGAGAAGAAUAUAGAGCUUAGUUUUCUUCUAAAAGAUAAAUAAAUAAGGUUAAAGUUCUACAUUUUUGGGAAAAAAUGCUUCUGAUAUUCGUUCGCUUCGUUCAAAUUCGUUUUGUCCUGGUUGUUUUGUAAAUAGUAGUUUUCUGAUUUGUUUAUAAUGUAGUCACUUAUUAUUGUAGUUCAGAAAAAAGAAGUUAAAAAACUUCACGAUACUAAUUUUUAUUAUAUUUAUCUCUUGAUAACAAGGUUUGUUUAAUUUCUAUGAGCAUUUUAACGUAAACGCACCUAAUAACGACCCAUUAAAAUCAGCGCUCAUUACCGCCCUAUUCAGAAAACUAUCAUUUUUACGUCAUGUAUUGAAGUUACACAAUUGAUUGCUUUAAAAAAAUGUAGAUAAAUUUGUAUUGCAACUGUUCAUCUCUUGUUUGAGUGCGUAACUCGACGAUUUAAAUAAUAAUUGCUUAGUUAGUCCGUGGACGCCGACUUUAGUGCAUUUUCCAUAGUGCGGCACUUCCGAUGGCGUAAGGACUCUUGUUUCGUUUUUAGCAGAAGAUUAUAUCAUCUAGCAUAUUAUAAUGAAACUUCUAGUUAUUUUAAUGCAUUUUUGAUACUUUUAGGAACACAAGUAAUGAUUCAGUUUAAUAAGAUAUUAUUUUAUUUUGCUUUAAAUUCAAUUUUAAAAAUAGGCGAUAAUAGGAACAAAAAUCACAAUUUUAUUCCUAUUAGCGACCUAUGUCGCUGAUAAGUACUUGUCGUAUCUUUUGUGUGCCAUGAUUUUUGUUAAAAUGCAUAAAUUAAUAGGUAGGAGGGAAUUCAUAAGAAUUCAGUUCCUUAGUAUGUUAACUUAUAUUUGAGCUAUUAACGCCAUAUAUUUAAGAGCUUUAGUAGCGCUAUAUACUAUCUUAGUUCUUAUGUAAAUAUUUUGAUGAAUAAAGGAGGCAUAAUUUUUAAA